ACAUCGACUUUGGCUUUGAGGGAUAUGGAUAGACGUGUGUUUUAUAGGAUAUGCUUUAUUUCGUAUUACUGCCAUGUUUAAUCUUUAAUGUGCAUGUAAAGCCCAGAGAGACUAAUUUAAGACUCAAACAUGAAGCUCCUGAGACAUAAACCAACACAAACAGACUCACACAUGAUCCUCAUAAUCACAUCUCAGAUCUACAGUCACAGAAAGGAAUCAUGGACUUCAGUGGAAGCUGGAAACUGUGUGAACAGGAGAACCCCGAGGCGUUUCUCAGAGCCAUAUCGGCUCCGGAGAUUUACAUUAAAAUGAUGAAAGAAGUGAAACCUCUGACAACGAUCGAGCAGAACGGAGAGGAGUUCAGCAUCUGUGUGAAGACGGCCCUCAGGAGCCACACCAACACCUUCACCAUCGGCACUGAGACCGAGUUCAACAUCAUGGACGGCAAGAAGAUCAAGGCAACAGCUCGACUCAUCGAUGGAAAGAUCGUGAUUGAAUCAGAUAAAUUCACACACGUGAGAGAGAUCCAGGGCGAGGAGAUGAUCGAGACACUCACCGCUGGGAGUGCGACUCUCGUCCGGAGAAGCCGCCGCGUUUAAUCCAACCGGAUGAACUUCACUAUUGGAUUCUAAACUUUCCACAGUUACCUUUUCACUGUCUGUUUUGAGAAAAAUAUUGUUUUAAAACCCUUAUUCUAGAGAUUGAAAUAACAUGUGUUUGUGCUUUGUCUUCAUUCUGACCUUUGAUGAAUAAAAUGAUUGACCUCAACCCAUUUGUUAUUAAAACAUAUUGAGUAAUAACGUGAUUCAAAGACAUAAACCGGGUCCUGUUAAUAACCCUUUCAUCCAAACUGUGGCUUGCAGUUAGUUGAGAAUCCCGCUAAAACAUAUUUUCAAUCUUUAGUCUCAUAUAAACUUUUGUAGUCACAAGUCUUCAAAUGGACAGUAUAGGGGACAGUUUGAUGAUUGAACUGUUGUCCUGCUUUGUUAUAUUCAUAAAUAAAGCAUGUAGGUGUUUCAUUGAAACUCAGUUUGCAGGUCCAAUACUGGAGUGUGUCUAUAGGGGGUGCAGUACUGGAGUGUGUCUAUAGGGCGUGCAGUACUGCAGUGUGUCUAUAGGGGGUGCAGUAUUGGAGUGUGUCUAUAGGGGGUGCAGUACUGCAGUGUGUCUAUAGGGGGUGCAGUACUGCAGUGUGUCUAUAGGGCGUGCAGUACUGCAGUGUGUCUAUAGGGGGUGCAG